UUUUGUUUUUUUUUGUUAUUUUAUAUUUAUGAUAUGGGUGGUCAAUGUUCAAUAAUACCGAAUCAAGAACCGGAAUAUCAAUUAAUAAUGAUGCCACAAAAUCAUCGUGGUGGCGGUGGUAGAGGACGACGACGAUCAUCAUGUUCAUCAAGUAGUAGAAUGGAAAAAUCAAUGAUGAUGCCACAACAACCAAUACCGAUUUAUGGAUAUUCUGGUUAUCCAAUCAUACAAGGAUAUCCAGCACCAGCAACGACACAAUCACCAAAUCCUUAUCAAACACCAGCGGCAUUAUUUUCACCUUAUCAUCCUUAUUUACCAUCACCGUUAUUACCACCACCACCACCAGCACAACAGCAUAUUUAUCAACAAACAAGUAAAGAAUUUUGUUCACCUGAAUUAUAUGAAUCAAUGUUACGAAUGUUGACAGCUGAAAUGCAAAUGAAACAACAAAAAUAUCAACAACAACAACAACAACAACCGAAUAUGAGUUAUAAUGAUGAAAAAUCAAGUAGUUAUUCACGAAGUCGACGAACAUCAACAUCAACAGGAGGAGGAAGAGAAGGACGACGACGACGAUCACAAUCGGAAUCUUCAAAAAGUCGUCGACGACGAAAUCAAAAAAUGGAUGGAAAAACACGUUCAACAACAUUGAGUGAAACAUUUUCACAGCGAAAACCAAAUUAUCAUUUUGAUACACAGAAUAUUCGUGAUCAAACGCCGAAACAAUUGGCACAAAAAAUUCAACAAUUAUUAAAUAAUAAUGAUCGAAUUAAUCCACAAGAUCAGCAACAGGAACGAAUACGACGACUACGACGACAAAGACGUUCGAAAGUGGCUACAGCAUCAGCAGCAGAAAUGGACGAAACAAUCGAUUCGCAAAAAUCGAAUAAAUCAACAAAACAAAAAGAAAAUUCCAUUGUUUUGGCGCAGGAAAAAACCAUUAUGAUGACCGAACCAUUUGAAUUAAAUGUCGACGAUGUUGUCGAUAAUGAUGAUGAAAAAAGUAUUAUUUUACGGCCAAAAAUUGCUAAAAUUCCACCAUCACCACCACCACCACCACCACAAUCGACAUCGAAACAAUCGGAUCAUCCGUUUAAAGAACAAUUGAUAAAACCACCGAUAAAAAUGCCCGAUGGUAAUAAAGAUAAUGAUUAUUAUUGUCCAUUGAUGAUGAUGACAAAAUCAUCUGGUCCACAAACACCAAAUAAUGUCAAUGAUGAUGUUCAUUGUCCAAUAACGAAAACAAUUGUGAUGCAAAAACCUAUUUCUACCCACCAUUAUCAACAUCGUGAUCCAUUACCAAUAUAUGGUUAUAGUGGUGGAUAUCCCGUUAUUAGUGGCAUGACUUAUGGUACAUUAUCGAUGUUAAAACAGCAGCCACCAAUGAUGAUGAACAAAUGUUUUGAACAAAAAAUUAAUUACAAAUCAGAUGAUAAUCCAUUCUCGUUCACGUCUAAAUCAUCAUCACCACCAUCGGCACGGAUCAAUCAUUCACUGGAAAAAUGUAUGAAUUAUGAAAAAUCAAAACUACAACCACCACCAUCUCCGAUAAAACAACAACAACAAGAACAAUGUAAAACAACAACCACAAAGAAUUGGUCAGCUAAAUUAUCUGGUUCAUUCAAAAAAUUAUUCAACAACAAUUCAAAACCUGAUGAUAAUGAUAUGGAAAAAUUUUAG